AUGGCGCAAAGCCUCUCGGUCGUGCCGUCCUCGCAAACGGCAGCCAAUUCCGAAACAAGACCAAUCGAUGUGCCUCCGUCCAAAAUAGGCCCAAUGAGCGUGGCCGGCCCCUCGCAGUCAUCAGCAAGUUUUCGCACCGGUCAUUUGAAUCUCGACACGUUCUCGCCGGUCAAUGAACAUGGGAGCUUCGAGUUUGAUCGCGUCUUGAAGCGGGGGAAAGUGUUUGGGAAGAUCAAGAGUCGACAUGCAUUCAAAGCUUCCUGGAAACCAUGCUACUUAGUCCUACGCCCGAAUCUGCUCUCUGUCUAUAAGGAUGAAGACGAAGCCAGACUAUUAUUGUCCGUUACACUCUCCGAUGUCGCCGCUGUCGCCCCAAUUCAUUCCGCGCGAUCGCACCGCGAACAUGUCUGGGGAAUAUUUUCGCCGUCGCAAAACUAUCGCUUCCAGUCUAUCUCUGAGCAGGAUGCCAAGGUAUGGAUUGACCGAAUCCGCGCCGAGGUGCACAUAGACGAGGAAGAAGAAGCUAUAGUCGCGCAGUCGAAAUCUACCAAACACAUUGGAGUGACUACGGGCUAUACGAGCGAAGGCGAAGAGCACGCCGGAAUAAUAGCAAGCGAAUAUUCAGAUAUUGGCGAAACCGACCAUACAAUCCUGUCGAGCUCGCCGGAACUCAUACGGACUGUGUCUUUGGGACAUCGAGGCAAGAGCCUACCAUUUGCGCAGGAUUAUUCCGGCAAUGAGAUGACGGAGUAUUCGGAUUUGUCGGAUGGUCCUGGUGGUAGUUCACGACCAUCGCAACCGCACAAGAUUUCUCCCGAGAGAGAAGAUUCCAGCGAUCAACCUGCCAAACGUCCUUCUUUAGCCCGCGAGCCCACUGCGUCAGGGGUACUGGGUGAUCCUGACCGCGUGAUCUGCCAUGGCUGGCUACAAGGCCUACAUAGCAAGCGAGGCGUUCGACAAUGGAAGAAACUCUGGGUUGUCCUUCGACCAGUCAGCUUAGCCCUAUACAAAGAUGAACGGGAAUACUGCGCAAUCCGCAUCAUCCCUAUGUCCCAAGUCAUCAACGCCGCCGAGAUAGACCCCAUCUCACGCUCCAAAAACUUCUGUCUCCAAAUCAUCACCGAAGACAGACCCAUCUACCGCUUCUGUGCACCAGACGAAGAGUCCUUGGCAAAAUGGCUAGGCGCGCUGAAGAGUAUUGUAGUCGGACGCAAAAAGGCGAUGGAGAGUAGGAAGGUUAGUACUAGUAGUCAAACUGGUGCUGUGCCUGGUCCUGCUCCUGCUGCUGCUGCUGUUGCUUCGGCGCCGACGAUUAUUGCUACGCCUGAACCAUUUCAGCCUUUGAGGUGA